GAAAGGAAAUCCUGGAGCUCUCUGGCCCCUCCCCGGAUAUAGCUCUCUCCUCUUCCGGUGCUCGUCGACCGUAGAAGAAGACAGCGGACGCGCGCACUCAGUCAUUUGGAAGAAGAUGGCGGAGGUUGAAGUAACGUCUGUAAAGAAGAAGAAGGGGAAGAAAGUCUGUGAUGACGACGUCGGGGAGAUCCAGAGGAGCGCAGACUUCUUCAUCCAGCCGGACUCCAAGGCAACGUCUCUGAACACGUCACAGUGGCCCCUCCUCCUUAAGAACUUCGAUAAGCUGAAUGUGCGGACAGGCCACUACACCCCCCUGCCCAACGGCAGCAACCCCCUGAAGAGGAACAUCGCAGACUACGUCAGGUCCGGCUUCAUCAAUCUGGACAAGCCAGCCAACCCGUCGUCCCACGAGGUUGUGGCGUGGAUUCGUAGGAUUCUGCGGGUGGAGAAAACCGGACACAGCGGGACGCUGGAUCCUAAAGUCACUGGCUGCCUGAUCGUGUGCAUAGACCGGGCCACGCGAUUGGUCAAAUCGCAGCAGAGCGCAGGUAAAGAGUAUGUAGGGAUCGUCCGGUUGCACAACGCCGUUGAGAAUCAGCACGCUCUGGCCCGGGCACUGGAGACGCUGACGGGAGCCUUAUUCCAGCGACCGCCGCUGAUUGCCGCUGUGAAACGCCAGCUCAGAGUCCGGACCAUCUAUGAGAGCAAACUGAUCGAGUACGACCCGGAACGGCGGCUGGGAAUCUUCUGGGUGAGCUGUGAAGCGGGGACCUACAUCCGGACGCUGUGCGUGCACCUGGGGCUGCUGCUGGGCGUGGGCGGUCAGAUGCAGGAGCUGAGGAGAGUGCGGUCUGGCGUUCUGGGGGAGAAGGACAACAUGGUAACCAUGCACGACGUUCUAGACGCGCAGUGGCAGUUUGACCACAACAAGGACGAGUCUUACCUGCGGAGGGUCAUCUUCCCGCUGGAGAAGCUGCUGGUGUCGCACCGGCGGCUGGUGAUGAAGGACAGCUCGGUCAACGCCAUCUGUUACGGGGCGAAGAUCAUGCUGCCAGGCGUGCUCCGGUACGAAGACGGCAUAGAGGUGAACCAGGACAUCGUUGUCAUAACGACCAAAGGAGAAGCCAUCUGCACAGCCGUCGCCCUGAUGACCACAGCCGUCAUCUCCACCUGUGACCACGGCUUUGUGGCGAAGAUCAAACGGGUGAUCAUGGAGCGGGACACGUAUCCUCGUAAGUGGGGUCUGGGCCCAAAGGCUACGCAGAAGAAGGCCAUGAUCCAGAAGGGGCUCCUGGACAAACACGGGAAGCCGAACGGCAGCACGCCGCAGGACUGGAGAGAGCAGUAUGUGGACUACAGCGUUGCAACAGCAGCAGAAGAACCUCCUGAUGCGUCACUGAAGAGAAAGCGGGUCGGGUCCGGCAGUGACGGUGAGACGGCGCAGACGAGCGUUUCUCCGGAGGAGACCAAGAAAGAGAAGAAGAAGAAGAAAAAGGAGAAGCGGUUAAAAAUGGAGGAAGCGGAGCCACAGGAGACCGAUGCCGUGCAGGAGCAGGUCGUAGAAAGUGCAAAGAAGAAAAAGAAAAAGAAGAAACACGAAGACUCUGGCUCGGAGUGAUGAUGUCACCAACAGGCUGCUCUGCAGAAACCUUGGAAGUUUGUUUUUGUAUAAAAGUAAUAAAAAUUAUUUUGUAAAUAUUUUACUUUUUUAUGGAAAAAUAAAUUUUUGUUUUUGGAAA